AUGCAUGCAUCGGCCACCAUUCUAAAACGACUGGCGCAUGCAAAUCUUGGACCGCCUGAUCGUCUGAGGCAAGUUUUGUUGCGAGUGCAGGUUUCUGCAGCCAGCAUUGACGAGGGCAAGACAGCCCCUGAGGUCAUCUACGAUGGCAACACGGUGUCCCAUUUGAAGGCCCCGGGAGGAGUUGCCAUGGACAACUAUUUCGUCUAUUGGCUGAACAAAGCAGGUGCUCCGAAGGCGGGUACACUGAUACGAGGUUUGCAAUAUGCCACGGCCGAGACUAUCCAGAAUGCUUCAGCCGGAGUCAAGCUGCUGGCCGGCAACGCUCCCAAGUGCUAUGGCGUCUGUCUCGCCGGAGGGAAUAUCUUCUACACGGACGAAGCGUCGCGCUUGUAUGGCAUCAACCGCGCUUCAACGUCCCGGCAUGUCGUGCGCACUAUUUCUUCCAGCCUGCAGGCGCCUCGCGGGUGUGUGUCUGAUGGUGCCGGCACAGUCUAUGUCGCGGACAAGUCGCAAAACGCAGUCUUCCGUUUCCCUUCGAACAUGGAUGACCUCAUGCCUAGAGCCAUGGUGAAGGCUGCAGACCUGCAGGGAGCCUUCGGGCUGGCCAUUCACGAUGUGGGCUACCAGGCUCCUGGAAUUCUGCGAUGA